CAUGGAUGGACUGGGAGGUGUGCACUCAUUGUAUCUUUUACUGAAAAUGCAUCUCACAUUUUUUGUGUAGAUCUAUUUGACUUCACAGAAAACGUCAUAUCGGCAAUGCCAGGCUCAGAUUUGGAUGACGAACUGGGGGAUGAGGAUCAAUCGACAUCUAUGGAAGAUGAAGAGUGGGGUGGCCUUGAUGAGCUCAGCGGGAGUGACGCAAGCGGGGCUGCCGAAGAUGAUUCGGCGGACGAGAACGACCAUGAUACGACAGAGGCGACACAAAACAAGCCUUCCGACGCUCGACCUAAGUCUGCUGGGCCCUAUAUACCGCCUGGACUGAGAAAACAAGCCAGUACUGAUACAAACGAAACAGAGGAACAAAUCAAACUUACUCGCCAGCUGAAAGGUCUGAUAAACAGAAUGUCCGAGCAAAAUAUCGCAACCAUUGUAGAUAGCAUCGAAGAGGUAUAUCGCAAUCACCGCCGACAUGACAUCACCUCAACUCUCACCAACCUCAUCAUUGAUGGCAUCUCAUCUCAUUCAACCCUUCUGGACUCGUACGUUGUCCUCCACGCGGCUUUUAUAUCUAGCCUCCAUAAAUUGAUCGGCACUGCGUUUGCGGCUUACUUCGUUCAGAACGCAGCUGCGUCAUACGAACAGCACCUCGCUUCGGUGGACGAAAAGUCGACAGCCAACUCAACUGAAGUCCCUGAAGACCUAGGAAAAGAGUGUUCUAACCUUGUCGUGCUUUUCUCAGAGCUGUACAACUUUCAAGUGAUCUCGUGUAUUCUUGUUUAUGAUAUCAUCCGCGGUCUUUUGGACAAGGACCUUUCCGAGUUCAGGGUAGAGCUUCUGCUGAAACUUCUUCGAAGUUCCGGUCAACAGCUACGACAAGAUGACCCUAUGGCAUUGAAGGACAUCGUAACCCUAGCACAGUCCCGGGUGGCCGGACACGCCGAUGCUAUGAGCUCACGCACGCGUUUCAUGAUCGAGACCCUGAACAACCUCAAGAAUAACAAGAUCAAGAAGACUGCCGCAACACAGCAUCAGGGGGGCGAUGCUGUGGAGCGGAUGAAGAAGUUCCUAUCAAGUCUGGGGAAAAAGAAGCACGUCCUUGCCCAUGAACCAUUGCGGAUGACGUUAGAGGAUCUCCAUUUGGCGGAGAGCAAAGGAAAGUGGUGGCUUAUUGGCGCUGCAUGGGGCGGAGAUCCACUGGUCGAUCAGCAGCACGAAACUCCCCAGCAAGGUGGGGAAGCUGAGACAACUGACGUUAGCACCGCCGCGCUCCUAAAGCUUGCAAGGAAGCAGGGCAUGAAUACAGAUAUCCGCCGAAGUAUUUUCGUGGUGCUCAUGAGCAGCGAUGAUUAUCUAGAUGCUUGCGAACGACUUGCGCAACUCGGCCUCACGGAAGUCCAGCAGCGGGAGAUCAUCAGAGUCAAUUUGCAUUGCUGUGGAAAUGAAAAAUCUUAUAACCCGUAUUACACACUCGUCUGUCAGCAUUUGUCUCAGCGGUCACAUUCCUACAAGAUCACGCUGCAGUUCUGUCUAUGGGACUUUCUCCGGGACUUGGGCGAAACCAGCGUCGGCGGGGUAGAGGUAAUCAAGAGCCUGAAAGAUAAUGAUGUAGGGUUUGAUGUUAAAUCCAUGUCGCCAUCGCGGAUGAAGAACGUCGCUAAAGCAUAUGCAUGGUGGAUAGCCAAGGAUUGCUGUACGCUGACGAUCUUCAAGCCUGUGGACUUCACGUUGCUCAAGCCGCAGACACGCACUUUCUUGAAAGAUUUGUUUAUACAGCUCUUCGUUGCCAGCCAGGUCUCAUCGCCCAUGCUCAGCAAUGACCCCAGUGACUAUCCUUCCACGAGAAACCGUGGAGCGCUCGAAGAGAUAUUCUUGAAGACGUCGAAGAUUGAGAACCUUGGCCUCGGACUGAUAUUUUUCAUGUCCAACGUGUUCAAAGGAGAGGACGGGUUCUUGAUGUGGGCUAGUUCAUUGGCAAAAGAGACGUUGCAGACAAGAAUGGAUCACAUCCCAAAAAUAUAACGAUGCUUAUUUACGAGAUGCAGCUUUCGUGAAUGCUACACUAGAACAUGCACUACCGGUGCUCCCACCAAAUGAAAUGGUUGGGUGCACUAUGCGAGAAUGAUACUGCAGGCCUGUUUCUUCGGUAAUGAACUUCGAUUGUAGCUCGGCCUCGGUAAAGUUGCAAGCUGGGUGAAGAGUCCUUGUUCAGUUUGCAUUAGCCAAGUGGCGCGGAGCAUACGCACAUGUGAUCAAAAAAUGUCCGCCUAAAUUCAAGAGCUUCGCGAUACGCAUCGGAUAACCUUCUACUGGGAUCCUUCCAUUCUCAU